GAGAGGAAGACGAGCUCCAGAAGGAAGUGGAGCUGCGAGGUGGGCGCCAUUGAGCUCUCCCGCGUCCGGCGUCCCGCCUUCGCCACUUCCCGCCAUUCUUCUCCCUUCGUUUCGUCUGGCCUCCUCCUUCCAUCUCCCCGCAGAUUUUGACUGCCCAGCAGCUGCACAGGCCUCUUUCGACUGAGCUCGUUCUACGUUUUCUGCCGCACUCCUCCCGUAGUUCUGCUUCCAUUCUUCAGCCGACUGAUUUAAGCUUACGAAAUUCGACAUAACGCAACGCGGGCAGUUCUCCAGUUCAGACGUUGGAGAUGGCAGGAGAAGACGAGACAGGCCUGGAUAACGUGGACGAACCGAAACUACCUGAAUUUAAGCUCGAUCCCAAGCAGGCUCUAGGCUUUAUAUCUUUCUUCAACAAGCUUCCGGAGGAUGAAAGGGUGGUUCGUUUUUUCGAUCGAAAAGACUACUACACAGCGCACGGAGAUAAUGCAACCUUUAUAGCUAAGACUUACUACAAAACAAUGACUGCACUACGUCAGCUUGGAAGUGGCUCAACCACUUUGUCUGGUGUCAGUAUCAGCCGAAGCAUGUAUGAAGGAAUCAUUCGCGACCUUCUGUUGGAACGAACAGAUCAUUCUGUUGAACUUUAUGAAGGUAGUGGGUCAAAGUGGGUGAUGAGCAAAGCAGGUACCCCUGGAAAACUCGAUAGCUUUGAAGACGUUCUCUUUGCGAGCAAUGAAAUGAAAGAGACUCCAGUUGUGAUGGCUGUACAUAUGGCUGUACGGGAGAACGAACGUUCUAUAGGUAUAGCAUUCGUCGACAUGACGAGGAGAACUCUAGGAAUGACAGAAUUCGUCGACGAUGAUCAGUUCGGGAAUCUUGAGUCAGCCAUGAUUGCGUUGGGAUGCCGCGAGUGCAUCAUGCCUCAGGACUCAGGAAAGACUUCAGAUGCACGAAAGCUGCGAGACAUGAUGGAGCGUUGCAACGUGCUGCUCACAGAGAGGAAGAAAAGCGAAUUCCGAGUUCGAGACUUGGAGCAAGAUCUUUCUCGAUUGGUCAAAGGUCCUGUGGAACAACACAGAGACCUAGUCGCAGGGCAAGAGGGAGCAGCUUCUGCCUUGGCUGCUCUCCUGGCUUACACUGAUUUACUUUCCGAUGACAGGGCAUAUGGGAAAUAUGUUUUGCAGCCGUACAGUCUCGACAAGUACAUGCGACUAGACGCGGCAGCUUUGCGUGCCUUGAAUGUCAUGGAGAGUAAGAUGGACGGCAAUAAGAACUUCAGUUUGUCUGGCUUGAUGAACAGGACCAGCACAGCAGGUAUGGGGAAGAGACUCCUCAAUAGGUGGUUGAAACAACCCCUUCUCGAUGUUAGUGAGAUAACAACCAGGCAUGAUGUAGUGCAAGCUUUUGUCGAGAGUGCUAGCAUGAGGCAGGAUGUGAGGCAACACUUGAGGAGAAUUCCUGACAUUGAGCGUCUAAGCCGAAAAGUGGAGAAGGGAAGCGCCGGCUUGCAAGAUAUUGUGAAGCUAUAUCAGGCAAGUGUACGACUACCGUUUAUAAAAGAAGCACUUGAUGCCUAUGAAGGUGAAUUCUCGGCAGUAUUGAAGGAAAGAUAUACCCAGUCCUUUGGAGAGUGGGUAGGACCAGAGCACCUCGGCAAGUACGAUGGCCUUGUCGAAUCAGCAGUUGAUCUUGAUCAACUUCAGCAUGGAGAAUAUAUAAUUUCUCCUGCUUACGACAGUAGUUUACAGGAAAUAAAGUCCGAGAGGGACAAAGUCGAGGAGCAGAUACAUAAACUUCAUCAGCAGGCAGCAAACGAUUUGGGUCUGCAAGUUGAGAAAUCAUUGAAGCUUGAUAAGUCACCUAUAUUUGGACAUGUCUUUAGAAUCACAAAGAAAGAGGAGCCGAGUAUUCGCAAGAAGCUCACUAGUUCAUACGUGACCCUUGAAACUCGCAAAGAUGGGGUCAAAUUCACCAACUCUAAGCUCCGUAGAUGUAGUGAGCAGUACUCAAAGCUCAGCGAAGAGUAUGUCGCUACACAACGUGAGCUCGUCAGCAAAGUCGUUGAGGUUGCGGCAACAUUUCUCGAGGUUUUCGAGGGAGUGGCCCUUCUCUUGGCAGACAUGGAUGUCUUAGUAGGUUUCGCAGACCUAGCUGCAUCCAGUCCUUCACCUUACGUGAGACCGACUAUGACACCUGGGGAUGAGGGAGAUCUAAUAUUGGAAGGGAGCCGACAUCCUUGCGUGGAGGCGCAGGAUGAUGUGAACUUCAUUCCAAAUGACUGCUGCCUGGUGAGAGGUAAAAGUUGGUUUCAGAUCAUCACCGGUCCAAACAUGGGAGGGAAGUCAACUUUCAUUCGCCAGGUCGGGGUAAACGUGCUGAUGGCGCAAGUGGGUUCCUUCGUACCCUGUGAUCGGGCCGAUAUCAGCGUACGCGAUUGUAUUUUUGCUCGUGUUGGAGCUGGAGACUGUCAGCUUCGUGGUGUUUCCACGUUUAUGGCCGAGAUGUUGGAGACUGCCAGUAUCUUGAAGUCAGCAACAGAGAGGUCUCUUAUCAUCAUUGACGAGCUUGGGCGUGGAACAUCAACUUAUGAUGGCUUUGGAUUGGCUUGGGCAAUUUGUGAGUAUCUAGUGGAGGUCAUUCGAGCUCCAGCUCUUUUUGCUACCCACUUUCAUGAAUUGACUGCUCUGGCCAGCCGUGAAGGACCUCUAGUUCAUGGUCCCGCUAGAGGGCCUCUUGUUGGCAUAGCCAACUACCAUGUCAGUGCACACAUAGACGAUAAGUCUCGAAAGCUUGCAAUGCUCUAUAAAGUGGAAGAAGGUCCCUGCGAUCAAAGUUUUGGUAUUCAUGUAGCAGAGUUCGCACAUUUUCCACCUGACGUAGUGCAACUUGCACGGGAGAAAGCUGCGGAGCUGGAAGAUUUCUCUCCCUCUGGCCUUGACAUAAUCACAAAGCAACGAGAGGAGGUUGGUGCCAAACGUAAGCGCGUCAUUGGUCCAGAUGACAUUUCCAGGGGUAAAGACAGGGCACGUCAAUUUUUACUAGAUUUUGCUGCACUUCCACUGGAUCGGAUGUCAGCAGAGGUAGCUAUGGAGGAGGUAGCGAAGCUCAAAACCGCAUUUCUUGAAGAAGCGGAAAGUAGUCCCUGGUUGCAACAACUUUGUCUAGAAGGCAUGCGGACUUAGAACACCGUGGGGGUCUCGACGGCAAUUGUAUGUAAAAUGAGAUCACCUGUUUCUUUGGAUAUACAUGAGGUAGGAUACACAUCACUCCUGGCUUGCACACAAAUCCAUUGGCUUCUACGUGAAGCUCUUAGUUAGGAAAGGAGAUAAAAUCACAUCCAAUUUUGCAUCCAUAUGCUUUAGUUCUAGACUUCUGCGACCUAGAAAUGCAUGAGAUGGUUUACUUACAUAUGGUUCUUUCUCAGUUCCUGAUGGGCCUGAGUUGAACUCUAGGUCGAGAUAGCCGAAGUCCAAGAAAGCCAAAUCAUUUGGUUACAUUGUAUAUAUUUGGAACUCAAUUUUUCCAUUGUAGCAUAUUUUCACAUAUAUUGAAACUCUCGGUAUCGCUCG